AUGGCGGAGCCACCUGUAAAACGUGCUCGACGAGUUGACAGCUCGAUCAUGUGGGAUUCGAUCGAUAAAAGGCCUCGAGCAGCAGAACAAGAGUCAGACCGCGACCGCAGACGUUCACCAGUCCACGAGAUGACCGACACGACGGCCGGUAUCGCUCUCGCUCGCGAGAACGCAAGGAUGGAAGGCGAGAACGGAGCUGGUCUCGAGAUCGCCGCGACCGUGAUCGACGAGAUGGUGUCAGAGAUGGCCGUGGGGCUCAGGAUCGAAAGAGAAGCACCAGUCGUGAGCGCAACCAAGAUAGACGAGGUUGGAUAUCCACCCAAAAGCGUGAAGUUCCACGAACGUUCGCGCUCCCGAUCUCCGCAUCGCAAUGGCACAAUGGCCCGGUCGCCCCCUCAAGGCCCCAAGAGUGACCGAAAAGACCCUCGAUCUCGAGAUGAUUGGCGGAAGGCAAUUGGUGCUCACCCAGGACCGAAUCGUCAUGAGGAUGAGAUGGACGUAGACUUCAACGAAGAUGCGGACGAAGACCAAUUGGAAGCACAAAUGCGAAAGACCAUGGGUUUCAGCAGGUUCCGGACUACAAAGAACACCAAAAUCCCCGGUAACAAUAUUUAUGGUGUGCGGAAGGAGAAGAAGAUCGAGUACCGACAGUACAUGAACCGCCAAGGCGGUUUCAACCGGCCUCUCAGUCCCUCACGAUAA